AUGAAGCCUACCAUACUGUUAGAUAGCAAGUUACCGUACAAAAAUGUGGUCGAUCUAGCGUACAGACACAUCAAGUCCAAAAGUGUGAAUUCGAAUAACCCUGCGGUGGUAAAUUUACAUGGUCUAUUUGGAUCAGGUCGAAUGUUUGGAGCUAUAGCUAAAAGAUUGGCAAACGAUCUGAACACAGACGUUUACAACGUUGAUAUCCGCAACCAUGGAAAUUCUCCAAUAGCGAAACCUUACGAUUAUUUAACCUUGACAAAUGAUGUUAUACACCUGCUGCGAAAUCAAAUUGGCCAUGAGCGUCCAAUUUCAAUCAUUGGCUUCUCGAUGGGUGGUAAAAUAGGGCUAUUGAGUUCAUUGUCCCGUAGGCUAAAUGUUGUCAAAUGCAUUUCGAUAGAUAUGCCGCCAUAUGAAACCUUGAAGCUCGGUAAAGAUAUUACUGAAAAUUAUGACACAAUUGUAAAGCUUUGCAGGCGAGAAAUAAAAGUUCAAAAGGGCCAUAAAGGUUGGAAGGAUCAAAUUAUAAAGACAUUCCAAAAUUUGCCCGUCAACAAGCGCCCUGGAGCUGCAUUGUACUUUUCAGAAGGAUUUUUAGAGGUGAAAGACAAUAUGAAGCCUUUUGAUUCUUCAGCUGAUGCCGAUCCAUACGUCAAUUAUAAGGUCCCGCUACUGGAGAUGCCAGACUUGCUCGACAACAUUAAAACCGGUCUGAACGUAAACGAUCUGGACCCGUUAGCAUUCAAAAAGAAGGCCGCAGCCCGCGUGCUUUUCAUGCGAGGCCUUAGCUCGCCACUAAUAAGUGACAAUUACGACAUGCUGUGUACGCAUUUUCCAAAUUGCAGGGUGCAAGAAUUUGAUACGGGCCACGCAAUUAUGAUAGAGUCGCCAACCGAGUUUUAUCAAUCAUGCGUGAAACAUCUAGCGAAUGACUAG